GCUCUCCUCUUCUUUUCUUCUUCUUUUUCUUUUCUCUUCUUCAAUCAAUCAAUCUUCCUAAACCUAAUCUCUCUCUUCUUUCUCUCUCUACAAUUCCAAAACCCUAACCCUUUCUCCCAAAUUCACCAUCAAAAUGGGCUCCGAAGGAUCCAGUGUCGUCGUUCCUAGGAGUUUCAGAUUAUUGGAAGAGCUUGAGCGAGGUGAGAAGGGAAUUGGAGAUGGAACUGUAAGCUAUGGAAUGGACGACGCUGAUGAUAUAUACAUGCAGUCAUGGACUGGAACAAUUAUCGGCCCCCCUGGUACUGUUCAUGAAGGUCGUAUCUAUCAGUUGAAACUGUUUUGUGGCAAGGACUAUCCAGAUAAUCCACCAUCAGUUAGAUUUCAGACAAGGAUUAACAUGACUUGUGUCAACCAAGAAACUGGAGCUGUUGAUCCACAUUCAUUUCCCAUGCUUGCUAAUUGGCAAAGAGAGUGUACAAUGGAAGACAUUUUGAUGCAAUUGAAGAAAGAAAUGAUGUCUCCACAAAACCGGAAGCUAGCCCAACCAGCUGAAGGCAACGAAGAUGGCAGGAUUGAACAAAAGGGGCUGGUCCUGAGAUGUUGUGUCAUGUAAUUCAGGUGAGAAUCGAAGAAUAAUAAUGUAAAUAAUUAUCUUCUAUAGAUAAUCCCAGCUCAUGGGUUAAUGCAUUUAUGAAAUGUAAUUAUCGACCCUUUGCAUUUGUAACCCUGAAAAAUCAAAAAGCGUCUACUGUAUCCUUAAAAUUUUAAUGUGACUUGCGUUGAGACUGUUGUUACUACAUACUCUAAUUUGUCAGUGAAAACCUUUAUCUUUGCAUUUUGAUGUA